GUUAGCCGAUGAAUUGCAUAUGCCGUCGCUCCCUGAAAUGAUGUUUGGAAACAACGUUUUAAGGAUCCAGCAUGGCUCUGGCUUUGGUAUUGAGUUCAAUGCCACAGAUGCAUUGAGAUGUGUAAACAACUACCAAGGGAUGCUUAAAGUAGCCUGUGCUGAAGAGUGGCAGGAGAGCAGGACGGAGGGCGAACACUCCAAAGAGGUUAUUAAACCAUAUGAUUGGACCUAUACUACAGAUUAUAAGGGGACGUUACUUGGAGAAUCUCUUAAGUUAAAGGUUGUACCUACAACAGAUCAUAUAGAUACAGAGAAAUUGAAAGCCAGAGAGCAGAUUAAGUUCUUUGAAGAGGUUCUCUUGUUUGAAGAUGAACUUCAUGAUCAUGGAGUUUCAAGCCUGAGUGUGAAAAUUAGAGUAAUGCCUUCUAGCUUUUUCCUGCUGUUGCGGUUUUUCUUGAGAAUUGAUGGAGUGCUUAUCAGAAUGAAUGACACAAGACUCUACCAUGAGGCUGAUAAGACCUACAUGUUACGUGAAUAUACCUCACGAGAGAGCAAAAUUGCUAAUUUAAUGCAUGUUCCACCUUCUCUCUUCACGGAACCUAAUGAAAUAUCACAGUAUUUACCAAUCAAAGAAGCAGUUUGUGAGAAGCUGCUGUUUCCAGAAAGAAUUGACCUUAACCCUACAGACUUGCAGGAAAAUGCUCCCGUAGAUAGAAUGUGAUACAGCAUAAGCACACUAGAAUCCGGCUGGACACCUUGGCUGUUUGUAAGGGGGUAUUUUUAUUAUGGGAAUUAAAUGCCUUGUUUAUGUGCAGAUUUUCUGUAGCCUUAAAGGAAAAAAAUAAAAUAUUGUUGUAGGCAGGUUCCAUUCAACUGCUGUUUGUACUGUCUUGAAAUCAUAUUCCAGGUUUGCAUGUUCUCAAGUAAAAUUUGGUUUCUAAGUUGUCACAAUGUGAUGUGUGUGUGUCUCAUGAACAGAGGGCAUAGUCUGCACCUGUUUGGAAAUACUGUUGUCUGCCACGAGGAGGUGAGUGUGGGUCACCGAGUCCCAGUGCCCGUGAACUCUCCCAGGGCGUCCUGACUACCUGUCCAGGCGCUGGCUCUGCACGUCGGGCUCUGCACUUCGAGUCAGGACUUGCUACCUGCGAAACGAAUCUCAUGGCUUAAUGAUCUUUACCCACAAGAUUGUGAAACAGUUUUUAAGUAUAUUUUUCCCUAAUUUUAAAUUGGUUUUGAAAGUUUUAGAUACAGCACCCAGAAAAACUGUAUUUUGGAGAACUUAAGCUGUUAUGCACAUGGGAACCUCUGAAUGUGGUCUCCCACACUGACAGGUGGGAUGGCAGCACAUUCCUCCCUCCGUCUUCAGGUGCUUUUUUUAUGUGCGGUUCUACUUAUUCUGACACUUGGCAUUUCCAUCUUCCGUGUGCAUGUCUUCAACCUUUCGGGGGAUCUACUAAAGUGUAAUUAACUUGCACAGGGCCAAGGGAGCACAGAAGUACCCAGAAGUACGUUUCAGAUCCACUGGGUUAUUCGAUGAUGACCCUUCAAACAUUUUAUGUCAUUUUCUGCCUUCCUAACUGGUUUUCAUAAAGAGGAAAGCGAUUGUAAAGCACCAAGUAAAACAUUAUUUGAAAUGGAUUUUCAAAAAAUCUUUAAAAGGCAGAGGAGGGAAAUCACCCCUUUUGUUCUGGUUUGAAAUAACUAUAGUACAUAUUUCUACUUGAUGGGUAAAGCAUUAAGUUAAAAUAUUUAAUUGAAGGCAUUAGCAAAGCACUUCAAGUAUUUGCUGGGGUAUAUGUUUUAGUAAAGCAAACACAUUUGGGUGUUUAUCACUGCUCACGUUUAAAUGCAUUGUUGUGAGCCACACAGGCAGGGGGCAUUCUGUGGCUAAACGUGGCCACGUUCUUGGUCUGCCUUCCACAUCACCUCCAAGGUAUAGGAAAUCAGAACUUUGGUGGCUGUCAGAAAACACACGGCGUGUUCACUGUAUGUUAAAUAUACCUGUAUUUAAUGUUUCAUCACAGCAAAUUGUGUGUACCUUGUGC